UGAAGUUUGACUUCAUACCUAAGUUCGACGCCUCGAACGAUGAGUUAUAUCUCGUCUCUAGUGCAAAUUCCACUUCUACAACGCCUGCGUUGUAGGAUAUAUUCAUUCAUAUGGGACUUCUUGCGUUGGCGAGGUUACGGGGGUCCCUUUUCGCGCGUCAUGCCUCUGCCAUUCGGCCUCUAUCUGAAGAACACUGAAGCACAAGAAGCCCUGGCCACCGAAUAUGUACGCCUGCACACGACGAUCCCUGUCCCUAGAAUCCUCGACAUUGUCCCUUACUACGACCGGUCCCUCGUACUGAUGACGAAGGUACCUGGCGAGGAGCUAGAGAAGCGCGCAGGCCACAUCAGUGACCUCUCGCCCCGUCAGCUCCAAGUUCUCCAGGACACGCUACGCGGCUGGUUCGACCAGCUCAGAGCUCUCGAGCCCCCGGACCCGCACGCGGUGUGCGGCUUCGGCGGUAAUGGCGUCAGCAGCUUCCGCAUCACCAAUAAUGGCUGCGUGGGGCCCUUCGCCUCAGAGAAGGAAUUUAACAAGAGGCUGCUGAAGUAUAACGAGGCGACUCACACCGAGAUCGCCGCCCCCAGUCACUCGAAGUCGCACAAAAUUUGUUUCACGCACGGCGAUAUCACGCCCACGAACAUACUGCUCGAUGAAGACAUGCGACCAGUCGCCCUCAUCGAUUGGGAGUGUGCAGGGUGGAUGCCCGAGUACUGGGAGUACACGACGGCUCUCUUUAUGAGGUAUCCCAGGUAUAAAGAGUGGUGUGACUUGUUUACUGGCAUCUUUCCUGACUAUCGCGUUGAGCUUGAGGUGGAACAUGAGAUAUGGAUGGUCACGGACCCGUGGCGUGGUUGAUGCACCCUAGUGGACGGGGGAAGCUCUGGACAUGACGAUUCAUCUCCUGUCUCAAAUGUUUUAUGAUAUAUCACGCAUGUUGUGCUCACGCGUCUCGGCUAGGCCGCCCAAUCCACGCCAUAGGAUACCCAGC